ACUUUAGCAACAGUAUUGAGGCAGAUCCGCAGCACUGCCAACGGUAUUGUUUUAGCUUACUGUUUACCUGACAUGUUUAAUUAUUCAGAAACCAAGACCCUCCUUCUUGUUUCUGAAUCUAUGUCCCUUCUUUGCAGUCCUCAUCUUCGGCUUCUUCAUGAUUUAUUUUAAGUUUAGGGGCUACUGCUUUCUUUUUGUAUAGAUUAUGAUUCUCAGUUUUAUGAUUAGUUAGUGGGAAUUUGAGGCUAUGUCAUCCAGUGAGGAGGAAAGUCAUACACCCGCGCGUAAGGAUGUCAAAGCAAAUGAGCUAAAAAAAUAUGAAUAUGAUGAACUAGCGAAGACAACUCGACUUUUCUCCAAUGACAAACUCCUUGGCAGGGGAAGUUUCGGUGAUGUCUUCAAGGGAUCCCUUCCAAGUGGUGAAGUUGCUAUUAAGAAACUUAAAUACAGGGACGGACAGUGGGAAAAGGAAUUUGAGGAGUUGAUUAAGGCCUUAGGCACUGUGCGUCACCAAAAUCUAGUUAGCCUGAUUGGGUACUGCAGUGAUUCAUCCGAUAGAUUGCUUGUUUCAGAGUUUGUUCCCAACAAGUCCUUGAAAUUUCAUCUAUAUGAUGGAAAAAGAAGAUCAAAUUUGAAUUGGUCAAUAAGAAUGAAAAUCGCCAUAGACACUGCAAAAGGAUUGGCAUAUCUACAUAAAGAAUGUAGCUCCAAAAUCAUUCACGGAGACAUCAAGGCAGCUAAUAUUCUUCUUGACGAUAGUUUUAAACCGAAGGUUGCAGAAUUUGGACUUGCCAAGUUUUAUUCAAAAAUUGAUCAUAAAAAUCAUCCUUCUCAAAAGAUCUCUGAGGAGUCAGAUGUUUAUUUCUUUGGUAUUGUGCUUCUAGAGCUGAUUAUGGGGAAAAAAGUUCAAAAUAAAGACGUCAAGAAGGUAAGACACUAGUCUAUAAUUGUGCAA